AUGCCAAAAGGUGGUGAUAGAGGGUGUAUCGCAAGAGGCGAACCUUUGGAGAUGAGGAACGAUUUUGCUGAAGAUACGACGCAAGAUGCAAGAAUUCAGGCUCUGGAAAAUCAAUUAAGAAUGAUGGAAAGAACUAACGAGAGGCUGUUGAACUUAAUGGAGAAGCAGAUGAGUCAUUCCCAUGAAGAUGAUGAAGGGAGAUUUUAUAUGAGAUUGUCUAGUCAUCAACCUCCAAAAUAUGAUGAAGAACCUGAUCCAGUUCGCUUUGAGGAUUGGAUUGUAGAAAUGGAGAAACUAUUGGAGGCCAUAAACUGCCCGUCAAAGAUGAAAGUUAAAUUAGCCGCAUUCUACUUAACAGGCACUGCUGAAUUAUGGUGGAGGACUGUAAAACAAACUGCCAUAGAUUCUACUUGGGAACAAUUUAUAAAGAAGCUUCGUGAUCAAUUUUACCCACCCUCGCUUCAGAGAAAGAAAGAGAAUGAAUUCUUGUUUCUGAGGCAGGGAACCAUGUCAGUGAUCGAAUACGCAAGUAAGUUCAGAGAGCUGGCUAGAUUCGCUACCGAAAUAGUGAUCUCUGAUCGGGGCAAGGGCACUCCUAGAUACCAAGAUUUUGAUGAUUUGUACAACCAAGCCUUGGAGUACGAGCGUAUUUUGGAAAAAGAAGACGGGUUUAAUAAAAGAAAGAAUGAAUCUAGUGGGGGCGGUGGAUACAAGAAGGCCAGGAAUGAGGCGAAGAAGCCGUUUCAGACUGUAGCAAGGCCGACACAGUGGAAAUGUAGGUUAUGUGGAAAAGAUCAUCGAGGCCGAAAUUGUAAUGGGAAGAUUGUAUGUUACAAAUGCCACAAGGAGGGACAUCUGGCUAAUAACUACAGGGAAAUGUUAAAUCAGAGCAGAACAACGUCGGAAGCUGCAGGUAACAGAGCAUUUGGCACUCAGAGGAAUGAGACUAGAGCAUCCGUAGGCCUGCAUGCAAUUGGAGAUCAUGAUGAUGGUUUACACCAGGAGUUUGAAGUUGAAGGUAAAGUAAUUUCUGGAAAAUUUCUUUUUGGUAAUUUAACAGCAAAUGUUUUGUUUGAUUGUGGAGCGGAUAGGUCUUUUAUUUCUAGUGCUUUUCUCCGCAUAUCUUCUAUUUCUUUAAAGCCUCAAAAAUCCCAAUUGUCUAUCCAUUUACCUGAUGGUACACCUUUCUUGUGUGAUCGUAUCUUUUAUAAUUUUCCAUUGGAGAUUUGUGGGAACCUUUUACCAGUUGACUUGAUUCAGUUUGAUUUGGGAACAUUUGAUAUCAUUUUGGGUAUGGAUUGCAAGAGACAAUUUCUGCAAUUCAAACGUUACAAAUGA